GUGGUCAGGUCUGGGCCUGGUUUGAGCCCAGGAGAUCCUCCUCUCCCCUAAUCCCAGGGUAAAUCCUGGGGUGGUCAGGUCUGGGCCUGGUUUGGGCCCAGGAGACCCUCCCCUUCCUCAAACCCAGGGUAAAUCCUGGGGUGGCCAGGUCUGGGCCUGGUUCGGGCCUAGGAGAUCCUCCUCUCCCCCAAUCCCAGGGUAAAUCCUGGGGUGGCCAGGUCUGGGCCUGGUUUGAGCCCAGGAGACCCUCCCCUCCUCUACAUCCAGAGUGAAUCCUUGGGGUGGUCAGGUCUGGGCCUGGUUUGGGCCUAGGAGCCCUCUUUCCUUGGGGUGUGUGUUGGGGGUUGGGUGGGUGUGAUUAUUUGGGGAGGAGAGCAGGUGUCCAUCCUUCCCCACCCCCACCCUCUGGGUGGAGGGUCUUGUGGCCCCUACCCCACCCCAGGGUGAAUCCUUGGGGUGGUAGUCUAGGCCCGGGAUCCUGGUUGGGGGGGGUGGUAAUUGGGGAGGAGAGCAGGAGCCGCUCCCCCCCCCACCACAGGAUGUAAGGCAUGCUGGGAGCCAGGCACUUCCUCAUCAGGCAGCCCUGGAGGAAAACCACAGGGUGACAGAGGCUGCUCCUGGGGGGCCCACGGUCGGUCGGGCAGUCGGACAAGGCAGGUCGGGAUGGCCGAGCGUUCAGGCAGCAGUGCGGGCCUGCUGGCCAAGCAGAUGCAGAAGAAGUUCAGCAGGGCCCAGGAGAAGGUGCUGCAGAAACUAGGAAAAAUACCAGAAACCAAAGAUGAGCGCUUUGAACAGGCUGCCCAAAACUUCCACCAGCAGCAGGCUGAAGGCCAAAAACUAUACAAGGACUUGAAACAUUUCCUUAAUGCUGUCAAAGUGAUGCACGAGAGCUCGAUGAGACUGUCCCAAACUCUGCAGGAGAUCUACAGCUAUGAGUGGGAGGGCUACAGGGACCUGAAAGUCAUUGCAGCGAAUAAUAAUCUCCUCUGGGAAGAUUACGAAGAGAAACUGGCUGACCAGGUCGUGAGAACCAUGGAGACCUACGUAUACCAGUUCAAUGAAGUUAAGGAGAGAAUUUCCAAGCGAGGUCGGAAACUAGUAGAUUAUGACAGUGCCCGGCACCACCUCGAAGCAGUACAGAAUGCCAAGAAGAAGGACGAGGCUAAAACUCUCAAGGCAGAGGAGGAGUUUGUCAAAGCACAGACAGUGUUUGAGGACCUGAACCGGGAGCUGCAGGAAGAGCUGCCUCUCCUCUACAGCAGCCGCAUUGGCUGCUAUGUGACCAUCUUCCAGAACAUCUCCAACCUCCGGGAUGUUUUCUAUAAGGAAAUGAGCAAGCUGAACCAUGAUCUAUAUGAAGUGAUGAGCAAACUGGAGAAGCAAUAUUCCAGCAAAGUCUUUGUGGUCAAGGGAGUGUCCAAGCACCGAAGCUCCUUGGUCAUCUCAUCUCCAAUCCCUAGAUCCAGUGUUUCCAUAACCUCUGGGGAGGGCAGCCCUCUCACCUCCCCCAGCAGUCCUUCUCCUACAAGUUCCUCUCCCAGAAGUCCCUCUCCUGCAAGCCCCUCUCCCAGAAGUCCCUCUCCUGCAAGCCCCUCUUCCAGAAGCCCUCUUCCUACUGUCAAUUCCCUCUUUUCCUUGAAGAGGGAAAGAGGGUCAGUCUUGGAAGAUGAAAAUGCUCCAGCUACGGAACUAGCCCAGAAAGAAGACUCCCCUGAACUCCAGGAUGACCCCUUUGAAGAAGAGAAGAGAGAGGACCUAGAGGACCCCAGUGUUGAAGAAAAGUUUGUCUUACCCUGCAAUGGCCCAGCUGGGUCACGACCCUCUUCUGUAGUUGAGGCUGAGCUGCCAGAUGAAGAUUCCCCGUCUUACACAGCUCCAGUAUCCACUGGAAUCUCCCAUUCUCCCAAGGAGAUUCCAUUACCAACCCCAGGAGUCUUCCGACCUCCUGAAGAAUUGGGCCCAGUAAGGGAGAGAACGCCUAGUUUCAAAGCUUUAAUUGUCCCCAGUAAGCCACCUCCUCCUAAAGCCCUUCCCAGUCCAGGGCCCUUACCUGAUAUCAAGCCAGCUGAGAAACCAAGACCACCAACACCUGAAGUCAGCCAGGGGGAUAGCAGCAGUGCCAGGAGCUUUGAGGAGCGUGUUGCCCCUGCUCCAUCGAUCACGCAGGACUCCUCUGAACUUGGCACAAAAGAGAAGAUAAACAGUGAAGAGAGCAAGGAACCAGACCAGAGCAAGAAGCAGGAUUCAGACAUUUCCCUUCAGGUGAAGGAAUGUCCAAAUGAGGAAGAAAAUUGAGCCAGACCUUCCCAACCAUGACCCCCACACCUUCCCAGCCCAAUUUCCUGAACUGGGGAAGUGGAAGGCAUGAGAACAAGAAGCCAAAAGGCUGAGGAGUCCAUCAGGCCUCCCUUUCUGGGCGGUGUGAAUGCUGGCCCUCAAAAACCUAAAGGAGGAGCAGCCUUAGCUAGAAGAACGUUUGACCCGGAGAAUAUUGAAUUCAAGUUUGGGAAUUGUUAGCACAAUAAAGACUGGUUUUCUUUUUCUCUUUAGUGAAGUGGGGCUUUAGGGAUUGCAACAAAAAGCACACACAUCAUACAGACACCUUUACUCACAUAGAAACACACAACAUGAUGGAAACUAAAACAGUUGUGCGUGACUUAAAAAGCCGAGAAAGUCAAUUUUCAGAGUGUUAAAGGUAAAUAAACUAACUGUGGUUCUGAAUAGUUUGUGUUCAACUCAACAAACAUUUAUUAAGCACCUACUAUGUGUUAGGUCCAUCUAAGUUAAGACUUGAGAUCUACAUCAUUAGAAAGAGCAUCUUCACUCACCAAGACUAAAUUACAGAUCGUGUACAAAACGCUGGAGAAGGUUUUACACACACACACACACACACGCACACACACACACACAC